UUUAAGAAUAAUAUAAUAAUAAAGGAGAUGAAUGAUCUUAAUAAGAAUAUAGAACUUUUUGUCAAUAUUUUGGGCAUGGCUAGAACAUCAACUGUUGAAAAAUGGGACAAAGAAGCAUUUUUAAGAGCAUUUAAAUGGGCUCAUUAUUUUGAGCAGGUUUAUAAGAAGACAAAAUUGAAGCCAAAUGUAGCUGAAAAAAUAAGUCAGCAGCUUGAAGUUGCCUGCAGUGAUAUAAAUGCAAAAUUAGGUUUAUCUCCGCUUUCUUACAGUGACUUUGAACGAGCUACACAUAUUUUACGCAAGUAUCUCCUUGAAAAUCCUUAUUUGAGCAAUGAGUUUUAUCUUGAGUUGGUUAGUCAAUUAAAACUUUCAGAAGUCGAUGAAAUGAAAAAACAUAUUGGAUCUUUAUCAAAACUCAAGGCUGCCUUACAAAUACUGCAAUUGAUGUUACACAAAAAAUAUGACACACAAUCAGAAAUAAGAAAUCGAGAUAUUGAAAGUCAUCAUAAAGAACACAUAACAAAAGAAAAAAUUCAGCUCAACACUAAUGCUGAACUUUUAAAGAAAUGCUUAAAAAAUAUUUUAAAUAGUGGUACAUGUAAUGGUUCACUGCUGUACAAAAAGUUGCUUAGUAUGGUUAAUCAAAAAAAAGGAAUUGAUGUUUUGAUUAUGACAUUAGUCUUUGGAGAGCGAGAUGAAAAAGUAGCAAAGUAUGUUCUUGAUUUUAUAAAAGAUGUAAUGGUGAUUACUUGGAAAAAUGAAUGGAGAGAUUUUUUACAAAUUCCAUCAAUUCAUUUAUUUGCUGAUUGUGCAAAAGAGUAUAAUGUUUUCUUUGAAGAAUAUUUAAAGAUGUUGGAAUUCUGUGCUGAGAAAUUGCAAAAGGAAUUGGAGGAAAAUCCAGAGAUACAAUUUGAUUUUUAUGAUAGUCCUUCUAAUAAUGAGUGCUCUGCAAACAAUGGGUGCUCUUCAAGUGGCGUAUCCACAUAUUAUUACUUACUCCAAAAUUCUAUUCAAACUUUGGCUAAAUCUAGCUGUGAAAGUGAAGAGAAAGUAUUGAACUUUUUAAAAAAGCGCUGUUCAACAUUAUCUUCGAAUACUUCUGAUAGAAAUGUUUGGAAAAAGUUAGCUUGUGCAAUGAAAAUCUCUAUGUGAGAACUCUUUAAAGAAUAAUAGCAAAUAAAGUAUAAUAAUAUUAAUUCAAUAAUUUCAAUGAGUUGUUGUAAUUUAAUAUGAUUUAUUUUUAAACUUUUAAGUUUAUUUUUAAACUUGUGUGACUAAUUUCAUCAUCGAAUAAAUGUUCUGGAGGACAGGGCUUUAAUGCAGGCUUUAAGCAAAUGAUUUUAUAACAGUUUAUUUUGGUUUCUAAUUAUUGUUCUUCUAAUUAUUAUUCUGCUAAUCAAAAUAAGUAAAUUUGUAACAUAAAUUAAUAUAAAAUAAAUGCAAAAUUAUUUUUUA